AUGCUUGUGAUGGAAGUUUAUUUUCUGCUGGAGUCGACAAAAAACACCAAAAGUGGAGAAGAGAUGACGGGAAAAUAUUAUGAUCAGUGUCAACCAGACCGGCAAUUAAUGGUUCUCACAUAUUACGAUGAGAAGACGAUGAGCUGCUUCUUUUGCCCUAAAUGUGUUUUGUUAUUCGAGAUGCAUCAAUCUUCCAUUCGUUGCUUAUCCCUUAAAGAGAAGUUGGAGAUAGACGGUUGUCUGUUAGAUAUCACAGAUCUAAAGCAUUCUUCACAAAGUUAUUUAAUAACAUUUUAUGGCUUCAAGACUGCAACGUCUGCUGCAACAAAUAAAAAGUGA